GCCCUUUACCUGUUUAUUAUAAAUCUACCUGUAUAAUUAUAUAUCCCCAAUACAAAUGAGUAUUCCUUAGUACACUCAAAGUUAAAUUAUUUUAACGCUUCUUACGUCAAUAACUUUCUAAAACAAAUCACGGAUUUACUUUGUUUCCGUAUUGUUGGCUGCCAACAGUUGGCAACAAGUUUUAAUUGUUAUGUUGUUUAGGUUAUAUACGUGGAGGUUUUCGAUUUAUUAACAAUUUUUAAGUGGUUUUCUGUGAAAAAUGGCUCCUACAAGAAAGCAUAUAGAUGAUAUAUUAGCUAGGGUUAAUUUUCCUUUGUACACAAUACAAAUGCUGUCAAACAGACAUGUUCUAGUCGGAGGCGGAGGAGGUUCUUCGAAAACUGGCGUAGCAAAUGGAUUUGAAAUAUUUGAAAUAGCCCAUGAUGGGAAAAAAUUUAUUGCUGAAGAGGUGACCAGACACGAAACAGGACCCAGUGUUGUUAUGAAUUGCUCAUCGUACAGUAACAGUAAACAUUCCUACUUAGUGGCAGGCCAAGAAAGUCAUUGUCAGUUAUACAGUGUUGAUAGUGUUCUAGUCAGAGAUGAAGAUAAUGUGGAAAAUGUUGGUGAAAAUCACACAGAAGUGAGGCAACGUAAAGCAAAACCUAAAGAACAAACAGACAAUAACAGAAAUGUGAAAAAGAGAUUAAAGUUUAAUAUCAAGCCUAUGGACAGUGUGCAGACUGAUUUUAAUGGACAGGAACCUUUGUUGAGAGUUAUGCGGAUAGGGCACAAUGGAAAAAUGCUGGCAACUGGUGGUACAGAUAAUACAAUUAAACUAUGGAAAUUCCCUAACUUAGAGCCCCUAGCAACAUUAAAAGCCCACGAAAAAGAAAUUGAUGACAUAGAUUUUAGCCAUCAUGGUAAUUUUUUAAUAACUGUUGCAAAAGACGGUUUGGCAGUAUUAUGGGAUAGUUUAAAGGGUAAAGAACUUAAUAGGCUGGAAUGGAAACAACCUGAGGGAUCAAAAUAUUUAUACAAAAGAUGCAGGUUUGGCCUUAUCGAGGGGUUGGACGAGAAAAGGUCUGCUCUGUACAUGCUGGCAAAUCCCACAGGCGUGGCCAGAAAGCAAAAAUCCUACCUGCAACAAUGGUUGGCCGAAGGUGGCCACCUGAAAAAUUCCAUCGAGUUCGAUGAAAGUUUGAGCGCGUUGGCUGUGAGAGACGACGGCAGAUUCGUAGCCGUCGGUACGAUGUUCAGCGGGUCUGUGUCCAUACACGCUGCAUUUAGCUUGCAGAAAGUUUUAAACAUUUCUGGGGCACAUUCCAUGUUCGUUACGGGUUUAGAAUUUUUACCGGUAUCGCAAGAUAAUCAUACAGCUACAAGUGUAGCUGAAGCUGCAGUUUUAUCAAUUUCUGUUGAUAACCAUGUUUGCAUACACACAUUGCCAUUUAGAAAAACAAUGCCAGCCUGGAUUGGAAUACUCAUUUUAGUUUGUACAUUAUUUAUGACUUUUGUAUUUUGUUCCUAUUUACGUAUAUAAUUUGUUAUUAAAUUAUUUAUUACUGUAUUAUAUGGUUUUUGUACAAAAUCGGUCCAUAGGAUUAAAUAAAUCAACACAAUACACUUUAAAA